AUGAUUGAGAUAAUCAAAGGCCAGACACCGGAAGACAUACGGGAAAAGUGUCACCAUUUGUGUCAACAAUAUUUGGGAGGCGUUUGGAGUGAUGUCCGCAUUAAUGAUAUGAACGUCCGGCGAAUUAGCGGUGGUUUUUCCAACCAAUUAUAUCACUGCCAACUGUCGGACAGCACUGUACCGGUCGGCGCAGACAACGAGCCCCGGGAUGUGGCCGUCAGACUGUUUGGCGAAAAGAAUCUCAAUACUGAGUUCGCGGGCGCCGGGCGUCACACCGACGCUAUUGUCGGCCCGCUUAUGGGUAAACACGGUUUGGGCCCAAAAAUCUACGGUUCGUUCCCUUCCGGAGAGAUUCAACAGUUUGUAAAAGCAUACGAAAAGUUCCCAAUCGAUCGACUGAUAGAGGAACUAAAGUUAGAUGUGUUAAACACCGAGAGUCUGAACCGUGAACUUCACUGGUUAUACAAAUGCAUGGAUGAAACGGAUUCACCGGUUUGUUUCGUUCAUAACGACUUCCGGGGCAAUAACAUCAUGGUAUUGGACGACACCGAUCACAACUCAAACACCCGCACCGGACAGCGGGUGAUGUUUUGCGACUUUGAGUGCUCCGGGUAUGGAUACCGGGGCACCGAUUUGGGCACUAUAUUUGCCGAAUGGAAUCGCGACGGCUUUAAUGACUAUAAGACUGUCCAACAGUUUCCCGACGACAUCGAUGUUAAGCCGUUUAUCAAUGAAUAUAUGGCGGAAUCGAUUCGCUUGAGAGGAGAGGCAUUUUGUGGUGACCCGAGAAAUACAUUCACACAUAUUAUGAAAGAGAUUAAAGUGUUUACUUUGGUCUCCAAUCUAUUUAUGAUCGCUAUAUCGCUAGCGAUGGACGAGUCCCCGGAUGUGCCGCUGUAUACCAAACGCAAUCUUACG